UUUUUUUGUUCCAGCUGCAGAUGUGGUGAAUCGGUCAGUCGGUAUACUGAAACACCGACUUAUUUUUAUGAGGAUGCGCAGUUUUAUAUCAGUGAAUUAUUAUAUUUAACUGUGAUCAACAUGAAUCCACAUAUUGCUGGUUUGACCAGCAAAAAUAUUUUUUUAAUUGACUUCAAGGAACCAUAUGAUGAGAAAAAUCUCAGAGAUGAGACUACUACGAAUAUCCGUAGUAUUAUUUUUAGUCCUAAAGGCACCUACUUAGCUUACAGGACAGAUAAAAAAGUGGAGAUAGUGAGGUGUUCAGACUGGUCAGUGACAGCGACCAUAGAUGGAAAUAUCAAGGACAUGUUUUUUUCACCCCUAGAUAAUUAUUUCACCGUCUGGGAAAUGUUUAUGAUGACCAAAGAUAACCCUCAGGGCAAGCCAAAUCUGAGGAUAUACAAAUCAGCUACUGGAGAAGUAGCUGGCAUUUUUACACAAAAGAAUCAGACUGGAUGGGAGCCAAAAUGGACAUCAGAUGAGAAGCUGUUUGCCAUACAGUUGAACAACAGGGUGUUGUUUUAUGAAGAUGGCAACUUGGAGAGAUAUGUGCAGCAGCUGCAAGCGGAGAAGCUGCAGUCAUUCAGUGUGUCACCUAGUCCCGCACCCACAUACUACAUUGCUGUAUUUACUCUAGGCAAGGCCGGGCAGCCGUCUUUCUGGCGCGUGUUCAAGUACCCCGAGCUGGACGUGGCGCAGGCGGUGGUCAGCCGCUCGUCCUUCCAGGCUGAUAAGGCCACCUUCUACUGGAACCGACGCGGAACAAAUGUCUUUGCCAUGACGCAGACCGAUGUGGAUAAAACAGGUGGCUCAUACUACGGAAAACAAUCGCUUUCUUACGGCGAUGUUAAAGGGAACGCUGAAAACGUGACAUUUAGCAAGGAAGGUCCAGUGCAUGCGAUCGCGUGGAACCCGGGCAACUCCAACGAGUGGGUGGCGGUGUACGGGCACGCGCCCGCCAAGGCCACGCUCUUCAACGCCAAGUGCGAGCCGCUCUUCGAGUUCGGCACCGGCGCCUGGAACUCCAUAUACUUCCCGCCAGAAGGAAACCGCAUGCUGCUGGGCGGUUUCGGCAACAUAGCGUCAGGUCACAUUGAGGUGUGGGAGUUGCGCGGGUACCGCAAGCUCGGCGCGUGCUCAGCCCCCGACACUACCAGCCUGUCCUGGGACCCGCGCGCAGAGACCUUCCUCACAGCUACUACGUACCCCAGGCUCACUGUCGGCAAUGGCUACAAGAUAUGGCACUACACCGGCGUCUUAAUGCACAAGCGCAUGUGUGCCGAGAAAGAGAACUUACUGGCGAUCAGCUGGCAGCCCGGCAACUACCCCAAGAGCGAGCUGUCGAGGACUCCGCCCAAAGGAAUAGAGGACACGACCCCUAAGCCGGCGGCGGCGUACAGGCCGCCGGGAGCCAAGAACAGACCCUCGACCUUCACGCUACACGAACAGGAGAAGCCACAUAAGCCUGGAGAAACACCUAAUGUGGCGCCGUCCAAGCAAGCCUUGAAGCAGAAGGAGAAGCGAGAGGCUCGCAAAGCGCGCAAGGCGGAGGAGAAGGCUCGCGGAGACUCGUCCCCGCCGCCCGCCGCCGCUGCGCCCCGAGCGCCCUUCGUGUCCACCGGGGACCCCGAGAAAGACAAGAAGAUUAAGAACUUGAAUAAGAAACUGAGUGACAUAGACAAGCUGAAGCAACAGAAAGCUGCUGGAAAGCAGUUGGAGCUCAACCAACUAGCGAAGAUCGAUCAAGAAGAAGCCUUGUUACAGGAGCUCGCUCAACUUAGGUUAUGAUUGUGUAGGAGUGGACACCGACACUGCUACCAACCGUGCCUGCACUAUCAGCUCUUGAAGUACCUAUUGCUAUUGUGGAAGCGAAACACUGCGAAGUGGGCGUAGCGCUGUCUCGCUCUCGUAACAGCAAUAUUACUGCAGUAAGAGUACCUAUAAUAGUGAGUGCGUCUGCUCAGCGAUACUAAUAUACACAGCUUCUUUUUUUACAACCAUGUGGAAUAAGGUGACCUAUAUUAUAAUAAAUAUUAUACAAAAAGCGAGUUCAGAGCAAUCUGCAAAUUACAAUUUAAAAUACAUACAUAUGUGUAUGAAUUGAUUAAAUUUUCUUAUUACUUGUACUUUUUUGGUUUAAAAGUGGAAAUUAUUAAAGUUUUAUGUGAAAGUUUUGUGUAAUUUAUACCACAACUUGUUCUACAAGAAUUGUAUCAUAUUUAUUAUUCGUUAAGGAAAUUUGAAAAAAAAAAACACGUGUUCAGUGAAAUGUUUAAAGUUUGUUCACGUUCCUAAUUUAAGAGGACAUGCGUUUUGUUUAACUAUUUUUAUAUUCGGAAAGUGACUUGCGUCAUACUUAUAUAGUUUGCAUAAUAUAAGAAUUGAGAGUGUUGAUAUAAUAAUCGAAAUAUUAAAAAAAACCGGACUAACUUACAGUGCGCUCUGGCUGAGUUAAUACGCGUUUGAUUGUUCGCGAGUGUGGUCCUACAGAUGCUAUAUUUUUUCAUGAAAAUCUGUUAUAAUAUGAGAAGGAUUAAUACAUUGUUUUUAAUUUGUUGAUAUAUCGUAAGUGUAAUAAAUUGCCGAAAACUUUCUUGUGACGAACACAAAGUGAUUGUUAAUUUGUUAUACAUAUAAGUAUAAAAAUGACGUUUUGAAUAAAUAUCAAGACAAAUCUGGUUACUAUUUUUUGUAAAA